AUGGAAACGGGUUACUACGAGGGUUGUGGACGCGAGGGCCCGAUUCGUUGUAUAUUUCUGAGUGAAUUUCAUCCCGUUGCUGGUCCAAAAAUUUCUUGUCAGUUUCCUGAAGACUAUGUAUCUAAAGAAGUGUUUGAUUCUAUUAGCACAUACAUCAUUCCAAAACCCCAAAUACAGAAAUGCACUAUGACAAUAAACUCACUAGGUCAUAAGAUUAUUGGUUAUCCGAUCAGAAUAGAAAGUUCAAGAUAUGAACGCAACAUGUACUUGUUUAAUGUGUGCUUUGUGUGCGACAGCUGGUCAAAAACUGUUCAAUAUGAACCUGUCGUCAAGAAGUUGGGGGAACAUUUGACACUAAUGGAAGAAGAAACGAGAUUUGUGUCCAGCGGAUCUACAAAACUGCCCACAUUGCUAGCUCAUCUUCUACAUGAUCUUAAUACAUUUCGCAGAGCAACCCUUGUUGAGGGAGACACGGUGAUGCAUUUAAAAGUGCUAGAAGUGCGGAAAGACCCACCACCGGUUCACGACUAUGACGUUCCGGUCCUAAUUGCAUCAGUGGGUCUUCCCAGGCCGGGAAGACCACCUCGCAGUCGCGUGGCUCCUGGCGCCCAGUCUAUUUCUACCAGUCAAGACCGCUUGGACUUUGAUGAUGAAGAACCAUUCGAAAUAGACAUGGACUCCGAAUGGGACCUCACAACUAGACAGCUGCUGCCCCUAAUCAACGGGUACAACCAUGUAUCAAAAUUAGCAGCGGACACCAAUGUGGAAAAAACCCUCGUGAAGUCCUGUGUACAUAACUUAGUGUAUUAUGGCGUGGUCACGCUCAUACCAGUGCUCAAGUUCAGUAACAUGUACCGUGCCACUCCGAAUCUCAGUCGCUUAUUCAGCGACGAAGAAAUGCAACAGUCCUGUCUCAACUUUGUCCAAAGAGGCGACAAUAAGGAGAAGCCUCUCUUACAAAACGUAUUACGGGUUUUAUGCGCUCUGCAACAAGGCACGACGCUUCGGACUGUCUGCGAGAGAUUCGCAAACAUAAUUGGAACGUCGUUCGACGUGCGUCGCCUUGUAGUUUUCGCGCAGCUGCACGGCUUGAUCAGGUGUCUGAAGAGAUACCCAGUCUACAUUCGUAACGCAAAUCGUACGAACGGAUUUAAUAGUCGUCUAGAGGUAGCGCCCGGUAUCAGACGUCUAUUUACAGGCAGUCAUUGCGCAGAUGAAAUUUGCUGUAUCGCACGUAUUGAUUUGCCCACACUUGACCAGAUUAUUGAAGACGAUCCAAAUGUAGCUGUUAUAUGGAGAUAA